CUCCCCGCUUCCCUUCUCUUGAGCUCCCCGGGGAGACCCAUCUGGAUUCGCAGCUGGGUGGGACGGGACAAGACUAGCGCUGCUGUUUGGCUCAGCCUCAGAGCGCUUCGAAGCGGCGACUGGCAGCCUGUUGUUCAGUCUGGCUUAGGUGAUUUCGGGAUCGCAGCCUGCGUUUUAUUUUCUUCCCCUCCCUCUUUGAACUGCCCUCUCCCAGUCUCCAAAUCCUGAGGCUUGGUCGCUUCCAUCUCUAAUUGCCCACCAAGAGGCAUCUGCAAUAAGCCACACACAUGUCCCCCUUUGAAGUCUAACGACAUGUUACUGGAGGACGUGAAAUCGCAUCCUCGCUGCAACAAAGAAUUAAAAGCUUUGCAGAAUUCCCGCUCCCCGAACCCUAGACUUCGAUUGCAAUAAAUCCCCCAGAAGCUUCUCUUUCUUUCGGUAUUGCUGUCCUAGCACCUUCUUGAUGCUCCCUCCUUCCAAGAUUAUAGGACUGCGUGGUGCCUCCUGCCCUUUUCCUAUUGCCGCGGAACAGGAAAGGAAAGCUUCCUCCUUAACAUUUCACAGCAAGAUCAAAAGCAUGCAUCCGCUCCUGCCGGCCGUCCUGUCCAAAGGCUGUAUUGCAAAGAAGCAGGCGAGCAAUUUUCCCUAGCAAAAUUGCAGAAUGCCUGGACGAAUGAAGAAGCAGUCACAGCACAGGCGACAUCACUCACGUACCUUCUCUCCCUCCGUCAGAAAGACCAGGUCUCUGUCUCCUCCCUGCCCCGCUUUUCUCAACUACGCACCCUGCAGUUCUCAUCUCCUCUUGGCAGGUCAGUGCUCGGAUACUUCAGCAGGGAGCCCUAGCAGCGAAGGCGAUCUUUCCAAGGGCAGCGCUGGCGCUGGCAGUGGUGGUGGUGGAGGUGGUGGAGGAGGUUCUCAGGGGUCGUUGGCCUGCAGCGCCAGCGAUCAAAUGCGCCGUUAUCGCACCGCCUUCACCCGGGAGCAGAUAGCCAGGUUGGAGAAAGAGUUUUACCGGGAGAAUUACGUGUCCAGACCCAGGAGAUGCGAACUGGCCGCCGCCUUAAACUUACCCGAAACCACCAUCAAGGUAUGGUUCCAGAACCGGCGGAUGAAAGACAAGAGGCAGCGCCUGGCCAUGACUUGGCCCCACCCGGCGGAUCCAGCUUUCUAUACCUACAUGAUGAGCCACGCGGCGGCCACCGGCAACUUGCCCUACCCAUUCCCCUCCCACCUGCCCCUGCCUUAUUAUUCCCACAUGGGCCUCGGAGCCGCUUCGGCUUCGGCCGCAGCCGCCCCUUUCAGUUCCCCGCUGAGGCCGCUGGACACCUUUCGCGUCCUCUCCCACCCGUACCCACGACCAGAACUGCUGUGCGCCUUCCGACACCCCUCUCUCUAUGCAGGUCCGACCCACGGGCUGAGCGGUGCCGGAGGGAGCCCCUGCUCUUGCUUGGCUUGUCACGGCAGUCAGGCGACCGGGUUAGUCCAGCGGCCUUCGGGAUCGGACUUUAGCUGCUCGGCCACCACCCGGACGGACUCCUUUCUCACGUUUACACCUUCGGUGCUGAGCAAGGCCUCCUCGGUCCCCCUGGACCAGCGCGAAGAAGUCCCUUUGACCAGAUAAAGGACCCAUCUCAGGUUGCGCUCUUUUCCUCCCGCCCUCCCCGUCCAGAGACCCACCCGGUCUGUGAUCUCUCCUCUCCUAAUGUUUAAUCCCGUCAAUCAGUGGAAAUCAAGGAAUGGAAACAAAAAACGAAAAUGAGCCUGGAAGAUGGGGAGGAUUUCUAAUGCGCACAAAUCCGCGGAAGAUCCUUGGCUAAAGCGAGGUGCGGAAUUUGGCGGAUUAUUCCCCAAGGAUGGGGAAAGGGGGGGGGGGGCAAUGGUU